UUAAUAGAAAUGUUGCAUGCAAUAAAUCGCUACUUAUUAAUUUUUCUCGCUGUGAAUUCUGUAUCAGCGGAGGAUACUGAAGCUGAACGGCUUUUCCGUGAUUUAGAGAUAGUGCCCGAUGUGCUGGAUGAACCACCGAAGGAGUUGUUGAAGAUCGAAUAUAGUAACGGUCUGAAUGUUGUUGGUGGUGAAGAGCUCACUCCCACCGAAACCAAGGAUGAACCCAAAAUAUAUUGGCCUGCUGACCCCGCAACCUACUACACCGUUGUUAUGACGAAUCCGGAUAUACCAACUCGUCAAAAUCCCGCAACGCGUGAAUGGCUGCAUUGGUUGGUCGUGAAUAUACCGGGCACAGAUAUCGCUCAAGGCUACGUAAUAGAUCCAUACAUCGGACCGUUGAAUCCCAAAGAGAGUGGCUUGGUACGAAAUGUAUUUCUCAUAUAUAAACAACCGGAAAAGCAAGUGUUCGAUGAGCCUUUAAUAAAUAAUACAAAUGUUGCUGGACAUGAGCGUUUCUCAACGAUGAAUUUUGCUAAGAAAUACAAGAUGGAAUUGGUGGCUGGCAAUGUGUUUCAAUCCCGCUGGGAUGAAUAUGUGCCGUUGAUACAUAAGCAAUUCGGUAUUAGCGUGUAAGAUGGGGGGUGAGCAGUGGAGUGUGAGGUCUUGGAGUGUUAUGGAUGGGAAAUUAUGUUGAAAUUAUGAGGGAAUGUAACUGGAGUUGGAGGAAUCUAAUAAAUAAAAAUUCCCGGGGAUUUUUCAAAUAAAAUCUGCAACGCUGCAUAAAAAAUUGGGAAAAUUUAUAUAUAUUAGAACUUGAAAUUAUAUACAUAUGUAUGUUAUUCAUAAGAUUUGAGUUAAACACAUUCCUAUCUAAUUUUAACAAAUGUAUUAUUAAUAAAAUUAUCUUGAUGAUAUUCAAUCA